CUCAACUCAACGUUGUGGCUCUUGACGAACGCCAACACCAACACCACAACCUCCACUCAACAACCAUACGCAUUACACUCCCCAAAGCAAAUAGGUCACGAAACGAUCAUGGCAAAACAUCGUGAUAAUGAUCCGAUAGUCGAGAUUUCCGACCCUCAGAUCGCAUGGGACGAGGCAGAGCUGGAGAGAAUACAGACGGAGUUCAAGGCAUUGCAGAAAAACUACAACGGCGUUGACGCCAUAGAUACCCGAAACCUGAGCGAGAUUGAGCAGCGCGGAUAUUGUCGCCAACUAGUGCAAGGCGCAUUUCGGCUUCUGCAUCUCAGACCUCAAGAUUAUCCAGAAUGUUUCGAAGCGUGCAUCUGCAGAUGUUUGGCCUCACAUGCUCUAGAAGCACAACGUUGGAGCCGAUGGGGCGGUUACAACGAUGUCAUUUCCAAGAUAAGAGACAUCGCGUACCUUUCCGAGCUACACGGUAGAUAUCACAUUCUGCCUGCUACAAGUGUGGUGGCCUCAAUUGUUGUCAAGCGGCUCCGCAAAGUUAACACGGGCGGAGUAGAUGAGAUUACCUGCCUCAUGAAGAGAUACAAGGUAUUCGAGUUUGCACACGCGUCAGUCAAGCACUAUAGCGAGCGAGGAAACAAGAUCAUACGAACCAAGCACGUCAUACCAAACUGGAAGCCUAAAGCCGUGAAGGCUGAAAUCCCUGGCAGCUUCGGUGACAUGGGAUUGACUCAACCAAUCCCACAUAAGUCUGCUGAGGUAGAGGAUACAACGAGUCAGGUUGGCAUGAUACUCAAGUCUCAGAUGCCACUACCACCCGUGGCAAUAACGACGACAAAGAAGAUUACCAGAGAACAAGCAGUAGAUCUGGUUGUCCCCCAUAUGGUCAAGAUCAUGAAGGAGUUGUGGUCAACGACUACAAACGACGAGUGUGCGGCAGCCCUAACCAGAGAGAUCGUCAUAGUGUUGCCCUCGGAGAUGAAGGAAUGGCUAGAGGUGUGGAGUAGACAAGCAGGGAAGCAGGAAGUUGAAGUAUGGGUGAGAGAGGCAACUGAAGACCUCGAGACUUACGAAUGGGGAGAGACUCAAGUGGUACAGGGUCGGCCAGCCGCGGAGCCAAUCUACGCCGCCAUCAACGAGCUGGAAGAAUUACACAACGAAAAUGUCACAUCUGUCGCGGCACGCCACAAACUUCAUGAAGGGACGACCAUGAUCCGGCAUUACAUUAUGGGAAUGGAGGAGAAAUGGAAGGCGUGGGCAUACAAAGAGCUUAGCAAGGAACUGCUCGAGUGUCAGGCAGCAAUUGCGACUGAUGUGAGCUUCAUUCGUCGGUCCCUCGAAGAGAAUGACGAACGUUGCUGGAAGAAACGCCGCGCCAACAUGGAAAACGCAGCAAAUGAUGAUGGAGAGAAGAUAAACUGGCUGCAAUGAGCAGAUGUCAUGGAUGGUGAUGGUGAGCUAAUCUACGGGUAUAUCGGUAUGGACUUGCACAACGGGAAUGUCUAUGGCGUCUGAUUAGAGAAGCGACAUUUCAUUGGAGCGCUGGGAGGAUUCUAUUCUUAGGAAGUUAU